GGGAUGUGCCGGGGCUCUGCGGCCGAUGGGCGGGGAGGCCUCCGCCUCGCCCGGCGCGCCCAGUCCUGCUUCGUCACGGCGCGGCUCGUCUCCCCUCCGCCCGCCUGGCCAGGCAGCCCAGGCGCGGAGCCGCAGGGGGCGGGCAGAGGGAGCGGCUCGGCGGGACGCGCCUUUUGCCCGCUGCCCGGCGCCCCCGUCUCCGCCUGCUCUCCGCCGCCGCCUCAGCGCCCGCCGACCUAGAGUGAAAGACGCAGAAUAGUACAUUAAUGUUACAGAAUGAUAGGCUGCAGUGGAAUGUCACGGGGAAAAUGCAUCCAGGAGAAAGCAAAGCCACUUUCAGCAAAAUCUACAAGACUGAAGUGCUACAGAACCUUCGGAAAUUGGCGUUUCUGUAGUGAUGGUUCUACCAAAAUGACUUGUCGCCACUGCACCCUUCAUGGCUUAUCUGGAAACAGGCACAUGGUGUGCUGAGCCCUGGAGCCAAGCACAGAACCCCCAAAAUGGCGAUCCUUCCCUGCAGCCCUUUGGCUGGAGCAAGAAAGAAAGAUUUCUUGCUAAAGGAGGACAGCCCUCAUCACCUUUGCCAGUUUUGCCAUGUAUCAGCUCUGGAAGUUCACGGGGAAGAGUUCCACCGAGGAGGGAAGAUUUGGGAGGCAAAAGAAGAAAAGAAACUGUCAUCACCAAUCAAUGCUAAAUGAUGAGAGAAUACAAGCUUCUAUAUUUCUGAUUCUGGGUAACCAUACAAUCAAGAAGCCAGGGUUGCAGGCCUAGAGAAGAGCAGAUGGUCACCUACCUACCCUACCAUCUCUUGGGCCCAAGCAAAAACCUCAUAGUAGCCAGGAUGGAAUUGCUGCCAUUAAAACCUUCUUUAAGUCAAUCUCUCCUCCUAAACACUAAUUGGAGAGAGAUUGCUCCACACUCCCUGAGCAAGUAAGUGUCACAAUAAUUUUAUUUCACAUUUAGCAUCUGAACUCUAAAACCGCUUAGAAUUAACUGGUAAUAAUUACUAGAUACCUGCUUACCCAGACAAAAUGUGUUUCUGAUAGAGAAAAGGUCCAGGGCUUGGAGUUUUCAUUUAUCUGGAUAGCUUCAGAUUACUCAAGGGGUGAUGGGAGCUCCAAGACCCACAAAGAUCAUAUGGAGUCAAGUAAAGAGAGGAUUCAUGUGAAUUAUGGGAUGUAGGGCCAUUCCGAAGCCCCCACAUGCUUCUGGGGCCUCCCAUCAGAUACAUCUGAAGAGAAGAUUCCUCACCAUGGUCAUCCACCCCCUUCAGAUUACACGCAGGCCCAGUCCAGUGGGGCCUGUUCACAGAAUACCACCAAGGAGAAGAAAGGUGCUAUUUUACCACUCCCAUUGUUUCCGUGGACUUCAGAGAUGCAGGAGCCCCAUGGAGCCUUGCCUGCUCUGUUUCUCAGCCACCUAAUCCUGGUGCUCAGAAGGCCACUCACGCCUCUACCUUUCCCCUUUGGCAAUUGUUGGAUCAUGGGCUGCACAGCCCGGCAGCAACAGCUCCCUGAAGUCAUGGAGCCCAAGGCUCUUCUUCCAGAUUCAGCCACAGAAAGGGGAUUCUUCAGUGAUGACGACCGCUGCUUGUCCCUGGCCCACUAAAUUUACGCCACGCUCAGGGAGGGGCAUCCCAGGACUGUGUCCGUUGUGCCAUCUUCAGUGGACCACUGAAACUUACAUCACUGGAAAUAGAUUGCUGGUUUCUUCUCCGAGGCCUGGAAGUGGCCACUUCUGGACGUUAUCCCUGUGUUUAAAGUUGUGCAACCUAAUGCCAAUCUAAGGAAUGCAGCUUGAGGUACAACAAGAGAGAAGAGGGAGAGCACUGUAGUAACCAAGGUGGAAUCAAAAUGAAGUUCAGCCUGGCUAGUGAAUUUCUUCUUGGGUUUGGGCUUCACAACGAUCUUCUCGGCAAGGAUGAAGCAUCUGCGAUGAAAAUGUCUGUCACGUACCGCACAGUGAGGAGAUGGCCGUCUGGAGUAUUUAUGCCUGUCUCGUUCGGGGAAUGUUUAGGCCUCACUUGCACUCUGUCUCGAAAAGGCGAUGGGCAGGUGAUGCCCUCCUUCCCACCUGCUGCUGCUCCUCUUUGCCCGCCUGCACGGCAGCUUCCAGGGUGGAACUGUGGAGGGUCUCAUAGGCUCUGGUGGACUUGGCUGGAGAGGAGGAGAGGAGGCAGCGGCUGCUCAGCCAUUAAGAAAUCCACGUUCUGGACUUAAGCCGGAAUCAAUGCACAAAUGCAGCCUUUUCCAACAGAAUGUAUUUAUGGUACAAUCUUUAAAGAAGGAUGAUUGCUCCGAAUUGUUUACGUUGGUCAUUCUUGAAUUCAUUCUACAUAUGAACAACGUCCUUUUGGCUUGUGUCUUUUCCCGCCUGGAAGCCCUCAGUUUUAAAGCUGCCCUUGGAGGAGCUCUCUGGUUGGGCCUUGGCCGGCAAGGGAUCUCCUGCAUGGGAAGAGAAGACUCCUCCCCGUCCUGGAUGGUGAGGUCAGGGUUAGGGUUAGGUGCGCCAGAACCUCCUUUCUUUGGUGCAAUCAGAAAUUCAUGCCCCCCUUAUUUUUACAUAGAUGAUUUCUGUAUUUGUAACUGAAGUGAAAAAUUCCUGUCCACGUUAUGGUGGUUUUGUCACAACAAUAGCUGGACAAGUACAGAUGAUGGUAUAAAUCUUUAACAAGGAAAUGGUGAUGGACACUUAAGUCUCUGGUCUUCACAAAUGGAGUGGUGGACAAUCUCCUUACCGGAAGGUGCAUACAAGACUGGAGGAAGCAGCUGGUUCCAAUCCUCUACAGUCGAACGUGUUGAGUGAGCCAGCUGAGGCUGCCAACGUGGAGGCUGAAUGGAAAAGUUGCAGAAGCAGCUGACGUCGCCGAGGAGCAUCGUCCUCUCGGCUCGGGGCUCAGGGCCCCCCGGAUCUCCCUCCACCAUCAUGGCCAAAAUGGAUGACGAGGUCCUUGGCUACAAGGACUUGGCAGCCAUCCCCAGGGACAAGGCGAUCCUGGACAUCGAGCGCCCUGACCUGAUGAUCUACGAGCCCCACUUCACCUAUUCCCUCCUUGACCACGUGGAACGGCCAGGGAGCCGAGAGCCCUCGCUCUCGCCCACGUCUCUCUCUCCUCCCCCAUCGCCAGAAGUCAGCCAUGAGUGGGCAGAGGCCAAAUCCCCAGGAAGUGUUGGCAAGGCCUCCGGGCGCCGGGCCGGCAGCAGAAACCGCUCUGGACUCCAGCACUUCCAUCAUCCUGAGAUCAACACGAUGGAGAUGAACAUCUACAAGAAGCCACCCAUCUACAAACAGAAGGAGGCUGGGCUGGCACCGACUCCCGAGAACAAACGGCUGAUUGAAGGCCUGAUUAUUGAAUCUUCCAAAUUCCCCGCUGCUCAGCCGCCAGAUCCCAGCCAGCCAGCCAAGAUUGAGACGGACUACUGGCCCUGCCCGCCCUCCCUGGCAGUUGUAGAGACUGAGUGGCGGAGGCAAAAGGCGUCCAAGAGAGGGGAGGAGGUGGAUGAGGAUGCCGAAGAAAUGCAAAGUCUCCGGGAGCUGCAGGAACAGGAGCUGAGCAAGGUGGCCUCCAAUCUGGGCAGACUCAUCCUGAAGGAGGAGAUGGAGAAAUCCCUCCCAAUCCGAAGGAAGACUCGCUCUCUUCCAGACCGAACUCCCUUCCACACCUCUUCACAUGGAGGAAACUCAAAAUCAGCAUCACUUCAUGCCUCUGGGAGACACACCCUUGCCAGGCUGCAGUCGACUGAGUUUGGAACCGGCAGCGGUGAAAAAGGCAGUCCAGGUCUGCAGGUGAGCAGGCACCCUGAUGGGGGAAGAGGGCAGCAAAGAGGCCGCACAGAGGCCCGUCCCCACAUCCAGCACCCCAGAAGUGGGAGGGACAGGCCUGAGGAGGGGGCAGGGGCCGCACACCUCAAUCCCAUGGGGUGGAUGGGGAGCCCUGCCUUCAGCUCAGGGCCAGGUGUGCCUCUUCCCCCGCAGAAUGGGCAGCGAAGCCGCAUGGACAGAGGCAGCUCCCUCCCCAGCAUGCUGGAGCAAAAGAUUUAUCCGUAUGAGAUGCUGCUGGUGACCAACCGAGGGCGAAUCAAACUGCCCCCAGGAGUGGACCGGACACGACUUGAGCGGCACCUGUCACCCGAGGACUUCCAGCGGGUCUUUGAAAUGCCCCCGGAGGAGUUCUCUCGACUGGCCCUGUGGAAGCGGAACGAGCUGAAGAAGAAGGCUUGUCUCUUCUGAGCCCCUCGCAGCCACCCUGCCCAGCGUGAGCCCCGCGUGUGUUGUGCAUCGCAGAGGCUUUAGGGCGCCUCUUGAGCAGGCGCCAAGGAACACUCCUCCCCCCAUCCCAGCCACGAGGAAGCCGUCGGUCGGUCGGCCUGUCAGGCAGGGGAAAAGGAGCCGCCUGGGAGUGUGUAGUCACCCCCCCACCCCCUCAAGCCUGAGCCAGAACCUGGAGCAAUUGGGUGGGAAAGGCGGGGGGGGGGCUCUUUUGCUUCUCUGGCACCUCAGAGGCACCUCCUCAGCCAACAUCCAGCGUCGUCAGUGCCUUGGUUGUCCCCGUGGCCAAAUGGCCUUGCUGUCUCUUCAGCAAGCUUUGUGGAGCAGGCACCCCGAAACAGAGGCACCUCAAAAGGGCCAGUCUCCCUCCCAGCUGCCUUCGUUCUCCCCCCACCGCAGGCAGUUGGGACCUUCGAUUGCCCAGGCUUGCCCUCGUCUCUUCAGAAUCGGUGGACCGUUGGGCCACCUUAGUGCAGAGUCGGGCUGGGUUUCCAGGUGGGGCUCUGGGCAGGUCUUUGUUCUGGCUGCAGCUGGCUUCUGGCUGUCCUGCCUUUGGAGGGUGGAGGAUCGUUCCCCCACAAAAAGGGGGAGCUGCGCGAGGCCGCACAGCACUCUUUCUGCAUCCCCUUCCCCAGAAAGACCCCUCUUAAGAUCGCCCUGCAACUUAACUGUUUCUGGGACAGUUUAAGUCAUUCCAGAGCGACUGGCCUGCGGCUGAACCUUCCCACGCAGCUGAGCCGAGUGUGUGCAGAGACCCCGUUGCCUCCUUCGCCCACCAAGCAAGCAGGCAUUCGACUGGAGAGAUGGACGCGGACAUAACGGCUGCUCAGAGCUUGGUGGCUGGGGGGCCUGGAGGGAGAGCAGUGAUGGGGGAUCAGGAGGCGCCUCUUCGUUUCAAUUACAUUGAAAUCACCUUCCUCACUGCAGAGGCGGGUGUGGAACCUCCAGCUCACCCGUGAAAAGGAAAGCCCUAAAGAAUCAUCAAACAACAGAAGCAACCUGCCCAAAGUUCACUUACAAAGAGGAAUAAAUAGGGGCGACUGAGAUUGGUGGGGGCCGGGGGGGGGGCUCUCCAACCAUCCCCACAGGAUGCCAUGCUCAGCCGAAGGGAGGCUGCCGCCCGAGGGCCUCUGGAGGAACCUGGCACUUUGGGAUGGGCGUGAAGGACGCGGCAGCUUCUGUUGCAUUUCAACUCCCCCGAAAUGGCAAAUCCUGAGUGUCCCACCUAAAAUCCGGCUGCCCGAGUAGGAAGCUGUGCCAGAGGUUGGUGGGAACUGCCUGCAAAGACUGGAAUUCAGCUCACCCACUUCCCUCUGCCCGCCACGCCAUUCCCUCCCCCAUCAUCAUCCCACUGUGUGCAAAUGUAGAGCGCUACUCAUGUGAAUGUUGUUAAAUAUGGGCCUCUUCCCGUAGUUCAGUCCCACCCACCUACUUUUGCUGAUGUUAAAAUCUGUGACAAUUUCCCCCUUUUUAAUUAAACGUGAAGCAGCUUUAUUCAAA